GAUGCCUAUCACUAGAAGGCAAUAAUACUUAACCUGGUUAUGGCUAUGGUUAACAAUAACACAUAAUUUUAAAACUAAUCAUUAUUAUUUAGUGGGUAUAUACAAAUUUAUAAAAUCACCUUUAUGAGCUAUUGCCUAAAACAAACUUACUCAACCAGUCAUAAUAUGCUGAGAGAAUAAAAUCAAACUUGAUAUUAAAGUUAUAGUGUCCUCUCAGUAAAGAUAAUAUUAAAUAACUUGCAGAUGUUCAAAUUGCAUUGAGGAAGUAGACCAACCGAAUUUUGAAAACUGCUAACAUGUUGCUAUAUAUUUAAUUACUGUAACACACACAAUUAGUUGAAUGUAAUUCAGAGUUAUUGUAGCAUUUAACCUGACGAAGAGGCGAAGGCAGAACAUUCCUAAUACAUCACGCAACAAUUCUAUUGAUAACUCACAUUGGAAGCUAGGGAAGAGGACUUAUCGACGUAAGUGGAAUAUCAUCAUUGUCUCUCCAAAUAUUUUAGGUGUAUGGUGACAUUCCAAAGGUAAUUUCUAAUAAGACGAAGAAGAACAACGCCCUCUUAAGUUCAAACCACUGGUAGCUUGAACCCUGUGAUCUACAUCAAUAGCCUCUCAUUUUUAUCGGUUAGAUAAAAGGUUUUCAAUCUUUCCAAAUGCUUGGUCUUUCAUCAUCAAAGAUUAUUGUCAAGCCUUCACUCAGUUUUUAUUUAAGUUCUAUAGACCUCUUGUCUUUCAGGAGUCUUUAUUUCAGAUUAGUCUACUUCAGAAUUUGAGAAUCUAUAAUAAUAAAAUAUUGGCAAGUAUAAACUGGUCAGAGAAAUUUCGUCAAAACACAAUGGAAAAUAACUUCUAAUUAAGUCAAAGAUCCAAAAUUUAUGAUUGAAAUUGACAAGUUGUUGAAUAUUAGAUAGUUUCAAAACAAAAUAACAUCAUCAGAAGUUGGAACGCAAUUAUUUGUCACAAAAGCAAUAAAUAGAUGACAUAAAUACAUAUCUUUAAGGGCCGAUUUUUCAAUCCUUUGAUAAGUCCCUAGAUAACUAACUGACGUGUAAAAAUAACUGGCUGUUUAACAAGGGAAUAAAUAUUUUCAAUUUUUCAAUCGUUUUUUAUCUAAAGAAUAGCUAUCUAUCUGUUGUCUAUGAAUAUCUGUUGCUAAUUUCACACUAACUAUGUACGAGCGAGAUGCACGUAUGCAGUCAUCGUGAUGUUAGACUGAAACAAGUUAUGAUUGACAUUGACAUUAAAAACUAACCUCAAUUUUGUUGUUUGGUUUCAUUUAAUUAAUUUGGUUCUAUUAUAAAUAAAAAUGGAUAAAAAGCGUGAGCGUGCAAGCAAUUUCGAUAAAGCCGAAACGCGGUUAUUGACGGAAUUGGUUACCAAAUAUAAGUAUAUAAUUGAAAACAAAAAAACGGACGCCGUGACCAAUAAAGAUAAGGAGGCUGCCUGGGGCAGAAUAGCUUCUUCUUUUAAUGCAACUACUAGUGGUACCACGACACGUAGCUCUAAAACAUUAAAAUUAAAAUAUGAAGGUAUCAAAAAGGCCACGAAGAAGAAGAUGUCCUGUCGCAGGCAGGAACUUUAUCGCACAGGUGGCGGGCCAUCUAAUGCUCCUGAUUUCGAUGACGUGGAGGAGAAAGUGCUGGCUAUAUGUUCCAACAUUACAGGAUUGGAAGCACGCAAUGAUAGUGAUAACAUUUCAGAUGUAAUCCAACCUGCAUCUGUCCCUCUGAAAAUUGAUUUGUCUCAGGAUGACCUUAAUUUAAAAUUUAAAAGAUUUCAAGAAACAAUUCAAGAUAGUGACAUACAGAUUGUGAUGUUGAAUCAAGAAACUGAUGAAAAGGAUUUGAAUGAAAGCGCCAGUCAAAAUGCAGAACCAACAAUUAUUGGGACUGAGAAUGGUGAAGAUUCUUAUAACAAAUGGGGCACAUGGAACCCAAAAGCAUUGAAAAGUAAAAUUAACCCAGUUUUAAAACCAACUAAGGCCAGCGUUACUGCAAAAAUAGACGAAUUAAGUGCUACAAGACUAGAACUUGUGCAUCUUCAACAAGAGAUAGCAAAAAAAGAACAUUAUUUUGUUGAACAAGAGCACGAGUUGAAAAUGACACACCUUCGAAAUGAAGAAAUCAGGAAACAAGAGUUACAUAAUUUGAUGCUUAAGACAAUGCAACAGAAAGAUUAGUGUAAAUGUUUUUAUUAUUGUUUAGGCCAGUGGCCAAUAAAAAGUGAAAUAAUCA